CUGAGAUAAAUAAAUAUCUUUUCAUAAACAAAAAAUACGCUGUGUAGUGUGUACCACGUUUGAAGGGAAAUCACCACACCACUUCGUACGAAACUUAGAUCCGCGACUACGAGGAACUCUUCAAUGCGUAAAGGUACGAAACUUUAUCGUCUGCUUACAUUGACAACAACCUGCGACGAUGGCGGAAGGAAGAGAAGAAGAAAGUGAGUCAAGUUGUAAACGUGCCAGAAAGAGCAACUGGGCUCCUCGAGAUGAAGUUGUUCUUGUAGAGGAAGUGCAGAAGCGGGAACAGCUUUUGUUUGGGAAACUGGGGGGUCCAGGCAGGACCGUAGUCGACAAGACCAAAGCCUGGCAAGAGGUUACUGAUCUUGUGAAUGCUGGCAAUCCUUCAUCUUCCAGGAGGAACAUCAUGGAAAUAAAGAAAAAAUAUCAGAAUAUAAAACAGAAAGCCAAAGAGAAAAGAAGUGCUGCGAUAAGACCAAAGACAGGAGGGGGGAAAAGACCACCAUCCCCAAGUGCCAGUGAGCAGUUGGUUCUGGACACCUUUGAAGGGCGGCCAAGUAUGUGUGGCCUCUCUGGUGGCUUCGACACCGCUGAACCCUUUCAAGGUAUAAACAGUCUCCUAUGUUUAUUGCCAGUAGACUCUACUCAGCCCAUGUGUACUGCAUUCAGCCCAUGUGUACCACAUCAUCUAUUCAGCCCAUGUGUACCACAUCAUCUAAUCAGCACAUGUGUACCACAUCAUCUAUUCAGCCCAUGUGUACUGCAUCAUCUACUCAGCCCAUGUGUACUGCAUCAUCUAUUCAGCCCAUGUGUAGUGCUUCAUCUACUCAGCCCAUGUGUGCCGCAUCAUCUACUCAGCCCACAAGACCAGUUAGAGAUACAAGAACGUCAUCGCCACCAAAAGUAACUUCUGAAAUGCUUCUCAGAAAAGAGCUGGAGAACAUCAGAGAGAGAAGGAAGCUGAUCAGAGAUCAACAGCAGUUGGUUUACCUUCAGAAACACCACCUUAUGCUUAAAAUUAAAGAGCGGGAUCCAUUUUUUGAUCUAGAACAUUUUACAAAUGAAAUUUGAAAAAGUUUUACUGUCAGGUUUUAAAGGAGCAUGGACACAGAUUUGAAGUUAAUUAAUAUUUAUGCCCCCCUUUAAGAAGGGAGGGCAUAUUGCUUUGCUGCUGUCUGUCGGUCGGUCUGUUGGUCCACUUAAGUUUCCAUUCAUUUUCUUCACAACUG